GUGAGAAGAUAGACGGGACCAGGAUAGUGAAGAAGGUGAGAAGAUAGACGGGACCAGGAUAGCGAAGAAGGUGAGAGGAUAGACGGGACCAAGAUAGUGGAGAAGGUGAGAAGAUAGACGGGACCAGGAUAGUGAAGAAGGUGAGAAGAUAGGACCAGGAUAGCGAAGAAGGUGAGAGGAUAGACGGGACCAGGAUAGUGGAGAAGGUGAGAGGAUAGACGGGACUAGGAUAGUGAAGAAGGUGAGAGGAUAGACGGGACUAGGAUAGUGGAGAAGGUGAGAAGAUAGACGAGACCAGGAUAGUGGAGAAGGUUAGAAGAUAGACGGGACCAAGAUAGUGGAGAAGGUGAGAAGAUAGACGGGACCAGGAAAGUAAAGAAGGUGAGAGGAUAGACAGGACCAAGAUAGUGGAGAAGAUAAACGGGACCAGGAUAGCGGAGAUGGUGAGAACAUAGACGAGGCCGGGAUAGUAAACAAGGUGAGAGGAUAGACCAGACCGGAAUAGUGAAGAAGGUGAGAGGAUAGAGGAGACCAGGAUGGUAAAGAAGGUGAAAAGAUAGAUGAGGCUGGGAUAGUGGAGAAGGUGAGAAGAUAGACAGGACGGGACCAGGAUAGUGGAGAAGGUGAGGGGAUAGACGGGACCGGGAUAGUGGAGAAGAUAGACAGGACGGGACCGGGAUAGUGGAGAAGGUGAGGGGAUAGACGGGACCGGGAUAGUGGAGAAGGUAGAAGGACCUGGGGUAGUGGAGAAGGUGAAAAGAAAGACGGGACCAGGAGAGGAAAGAAGGUAGAAGGGACCGGGAUAGAAAAGAUGAUGAGAGGAUAGAUGGGACCAGGAUAGUGGAGAAUGUGAGAAGAUAGAGGGGACUAGGAUAAGAAAGAAGGUGAGAGGAUAGACAGGACAAUGGUGGUGAAGAAGGUGAGGCAAUGAGAUGGAACUAGAGUUGGGAUAGUGAAAUAAGAUGGGACCAGAGUUCAGAUAGUGGUAAAAGAACAAGUUAUGGUGGAACCAGGGUGGGGACGGUGGAGAAGAUACAAGAGGAUUAGGGUCAGGAUGGUGAAAAGGGUUUAGGGUCAAUGGAGAGAUACUUGGCAGAGAGUAGACAUCUGCAAUGGUCACGUCUUGGUAGGAUAAUCCUUCAUUGCUCACCAAAUGGAUGAACGGUGGGGUGGACUGUACGGCAAAGAGAUGGAGGGAGCACCCCCCAAUGGGCGGCAGGUCUGGAUGGCGGCCUUCCUUUGCUUCAUCAUCUUUCUCACAACCUUGGGGAACUCUCUCCUUAUCUUACUCAUCUUCACCCAGAGGUCCCUGAGGAACACCUCCAACUAUUUCCUGGUGUCCCUCUUCAUGUCGGACCUGAUGGUGGGGCUGGUGGUGAUGCCGCCGGCCAUGCUGAAUGAACUGUACGGGAGGUGGGUGUUAGACGUGGAGUUCUGCUGUAUCUGGUAUUCCUUUGAUGUCAUGUGCUGCAGCGCCUCCAUACUGAACCUGUGCGUCAUCAGCCUGGACCGCUACCUCCUCAUCAUCUCCCCGCUCAAGUACAAGCUCCGCAUGACGUCCUGCCGGGCCCUUGGCCUCAUUCUAGCCACGUGGACAUUGGCAGCUCUGGCCUCUUUCUUGCCCAUUGAGAUGGGUUGGCAUGAGCAGGACCUGGAGCUGCAACCAUCAAACCUAACCUCACUGGAGGGAAAACAGUGCCGCCUGCUGGUCAGUCUACCCUACGCGCUGAUCGCCUCCUGCCUGACCUUCUUCCUCCCAUCAGCCGCCAUCUCCUUCACCUACUGCCGGAUCUUACUGGCCGCGCGGAAACAAGCGGUGCAGGUGGCCUCCCUGACCACCAAUGUGCCCACCAUGUCAGAGGACCACGUACAGGUGCUUGCGGUUCCGGAGGGCAGGAAGUUUGUCACCAAGCACAGUAAGAAGGCUCUGAAGGCGAGUCUGACCCUGGGCAUCCUGCUGGGCAUGUUCUUCGUGGCCUGGCUUCCCUUCUUUGUCGCCAACGUGGUUCAGGCCGUCUGUGACUGCGUCCCCCCGGGCCUGUUUGAUGUCCUGACGUGGCUGGGAUACUGCAACAGCACCAUGAACCCCAUCAUCUACCCGCUCUUCAUGAGGGACUUCAAGCGCGCCAUGGGGAAGUACCUGCCCUGCUGCCGGCGGCGCUCACGAGUCAUCUCCCUGUCCGUGCGCAACUCCAACAGCGCCCCCCGCCUGGGGCUGUCACUGAGGAACGUCCUGACCCUGCGCGGCGGGGAGACCGACUCCAUCUACUCCGCCACUAUGGGCAACGAGCACCUGCUGCAGAACUACAAGGACCACAGCACCGACCCGCUGCCCGUCACCGCCGCCGACUCCGUCAACCUCUUCGACCUGGAGCAGGAGAUGCAGAUCCAACAGCUGAACACACCCAUGGACUGAGAAGCGUGCAAGACUACCAACGGCUGUCCGGGCAUGCUGGGAGUUGUAGUUCUGCACUAGGCCCGGCCUGAAGCCCUGAAAUGCUGGGAGUUGUAGUUCUGCACUAGGCCCGGCCCGAAGCCCUGAAAGGCUGGGAGUUGUAGUUCUGCACUAGGCCCGGCCCGAAGCCCUGAAAGGCUGGGAGUUGUAGUUCUGCACUAGGUCCAGCCCGAAGCCCUGAAAGGCUGGGAGUUGUAGUUCUGCACUAGGCCCGGCCCGAAGCCCUGAAAGGCUGAGAGUUGUAGUUCUGCACUAGGCCCGGCCCGAAGCCCUGAAAGGCUGGGAGUUGUAGUUCUGCACUAGGCCCGGCCCGAAGCCCUGAAAGGCUGAGAGUUGAAGUUCUGCACUAGGCCCGGCCCGAAGCCCUGAAAGGCUGGGAGUUGUAGUUCUGCACUAGGCCCGGCCCGAUGCCCCGAAAGGCUGGGAGUUGUAGUUCUGCACUAGGCCCGGCCCGAAGCCCUGAAAGGCUGAGAGUUGUAGUUCUGCACUAGGCCCGGCCCGAAGCCCUGAAAGGCUGGGAGUUGUAGUUCUGCACUAGGCCCGGCCCGAAGCCCUGAAAGGCUGGGAGUUGGUUUUGCCACAUCUGGCGGUCCACAGUUAGAAAACUACUGAUCUAGGGGCCCCAAGAACCGAACCUGUUCAUCCUGAACCUCCUGGUUCACAAGAAAAAAAUCCAAAGCUCCGCCCUUGAAGUAAUUCAGCCCCACCCCUCUUGGGGCGAUCUACGAUUGCAGCUCUAUGUGACUGUGAAUGCAGCUCUGGAGGUGACUGAUUAUAGAAAGCUGUGUGGAGUCUCUCGGAGUUCUCCCACCUGGGGGUCUUUGAUGUCCCGCCCACUUGACCCCUGACCUGAUGACAUUCGGCACAGUCAAUUAAAGCUCUUCUCUCUGGUUAUUUCUGUAAAAAAAAAAAAAAAGUAUAAUAAAGUAUAAUUCAGUGACA